AUGAAAAGUAAAUUAUGUUGCAUAGAACUUUUUAUAUGCUUUUGUGUCUGGAUAUGUGCAAAUUUGUAUUCCUUGUUUAUGUUAUUUGAAGCACAAACAGAAAUUUUACCACAAAACGGUCAAGAAAUGAAAUUACUCAAAGAUCUUAAACCUGGUUUGAGGUUUAUACAACGACCUAAAGAUGAAUCAGACAUUGAAUGGAGUAGCUGGAAAUAUUUUAUUCAUAUAUCCUUUUAUUACCUGAUAAUACAAUUUAUUAUAUCUGAAAUCAUACGAAAGUUCUCAUUACCAAUAUUGAAACAUUGGUACAUCUUAUCAAGUGUAAUUUUUAUCGCUUCUCACAUGGGUGUCCGACAGAUGAUUAUAAUUUUAAUCCAGCCAAUGUUAUAUGGUAUAAUUAUAAUGUUAGGUGGUAAUAAACAAAGUAUUUGGAUGACUAGUAUAUUGCUUCUUGCAAGUUACAAUUCCUUAAAGUAUAAAUAUUAUUUCUGGAAUUUCUUGGACCAUGAAGAAAUGCAAGAUGAAGAAGUUUACCUCAUGUUAUUCAGUGUGGCUUGGAUCGAAUUGCGGUGUAUUAGUUACACUAUUGAUUAUAUAGAUAAGAGGGAUACAAACAAAAUACAUAAUUUUUUCUUUUAUAAUGAUGUUGUAAAUAUGUUUAGUUACAUAUUAUAUUUACCACUCUUAUACACAGGACCAAUUAUACUUUAUGAAGAAUUUGAAAAGAGCUUUAAUGUCAAGUAUGAAAGCUUAACAUUGAGAGUGAAGAGAUUUAUUUGGGAUUUGACUUUAUUAAAAUUUUACUCCUUCAUUUUAGAUAUAGCUUUUCAUUAUAUAUAUUUCUUUGCUAUGCAGGAUAAUAUGGAGCUUGUAAGAAAACUGCCCACAACAGCCCUAUGUGGUGGAGGUCUUUGGAUGGGGUUGGAAUUUCAUAUGAAGUAUGUAAUAUCAUAUGGCACUACUACAGCAUUUGCAAGACUUGACAACAUUGAGCCACCCCCAAUGCCAAGGUGUAUUGCGAGAGUUCAUAUCUAUUCACAAAUGUGGAGACAUUUUGAUGUUGGGCUUUAUAGAUUCCUUGUAAAGUAUAUCUACAAGCCUGGUCUUACUAUAGUUUCAACAUUAACUAAACUACCAAAAAUAGCUCAUCGGCUUAUUGCUUCACUUGCCACAUUUGUGUUUAUAUUUAUGUGGCAUGGAACAGUUUGGCAUAUAUUUAUUUGGUCAAUUUUAAAUUACUUGGGUAUUAUCCUAGAACAUGUGGGUAAAGAAUUAUCAAGGCACAGGAUGUAUGAAUGGUUUAAGAUAAACAUUUUAAAAACUGAUAAAAUAGAGGCAUAUUUUAUUGCAUUAUUAUGUACACCAUUAUUAGCUUUGUCAGCUAUUUCCAAUUUUUAUUUAUUUGCUGGUACUGAAAUUGGUAAUUUAUUUUUUGAAUGUUUUAUAAAUCCUUCUCUUUGGAAUUCUAUGUUAUUAGGUAUAUCAUUGUAUUGUUGUUGUCAUGUGUCAAUGGCAUUGGCGGAUUUUCCUUCUCGGGGAUGUACACAGAAAUUGAAUGGAAAGAGUGAAUAA